UUGGCCGCGAUGAAGCCGCCGUGUUAUCGCGAGAUUUCAAUCGUUGUCGUUAUUCCAAAGAUGGCGGCAGAAGCGGGACCUGUGCCUGAGAGAGACACAGCAGAAGGAGAUGCAUCAUUUGGAGAUCUGACCACAAACAUGGAGACUGAGUCGUCCAGUGGAAAAGAGACUAUGGACACGGCGGGUGACGGCUCGGAGGCGGCGGAUGCACAGACGGGGUCUGGAGACGAUGAGAACAGCCGUCAGCUGGGGGAAGUGGAGCUGCAGUGUGCGCUGUGCAUGAAGUGGUUUACGGCGGACACGUUCAGCAUCGACACGGCAAAUUGCCUGCCGUUCGUGACCAAUUAUGUGUUUCACUGCAAUGUGUGUCACCACAGCGGAAACACGUACUUUUUGAGGAAACAAGCAAAUCUGAAGGAGAUGUGUCUCACUGCUUUGGCAAAUCUGACAUGGAGGUCCAGAACUCAAGAGGAGCAUCCCAAAACAAUGUUCUCUAAAGAUAAGGUACGCUUUCCGCUUGACCCGCUGUUCUCAGCGCAGCGCCUGCCACCUCAUGGUUAUCCUCUCGAGCACCCCUUCAACAAAGACGGUUACCGCUACAUCCUAGCCGAGCCGGAUCCCCACGCUCCCGACCCGGAAAAACUGGAGCUGGACUGCUGGGCCGGGAAGCCCAUCCCUGGAGACCUGUACCGAGCGUGUCUUGACCCGCUGUUCUCAGCGCAGCGCCUGCCACCUCAUGGUUAUCCUCUCGAGCACCCCUUCAACAAAGACGGUUACCGCUACAUCCUAGCCGAGCCGGAUCCCCACGCUCCCGACCCGGAAAAACUGGAGCUGGACUGCUGGGCCGGGAAGCCCAUCCCUGGAGACCUGUACCGAGCGUGUCUGUAUGAGAGAGUGCUGCUGGCGCUGCAUGACAGAGCUCCGCAGCUAAAGAUUUCAGAUGACCGCCUGACGGUGACCGGAGAGAAGGGCUACUCGAUGGUCAGAGCGUCUCAUGGCGUCAGAAAGGGUGCGUGGUAUUUUGAGGUCACUGUGGACGAGAUGCCACCGGACACCGCGGCUCGGCUGGGCUGGUCACAGCCUUUAGGAAACCUACAAGCUCCUCUGGGUUACGAUAAGUUCAGCUACUCGUGGCGCAGUAAGAAAGGAACGCGCUUCCAUCAGUCCAUAGGAAAGCAUUACUCUGACAGCUACGGACAGGGUGACAUCUUGGGCUUCUACAUUGAGCUUCCAGACGACACCGAAACCGCCAAGGCUCUGCCUGAGACCUACAAGGACAAAGCGCUGAUCAAAUUCAAAAGCUACUUGUACUUCGAAGAGAAAGAUUACGUGGACAAGGCCGAGAAGAGUUUAAAACCCACCAGUUCCAGCCAAAUUAUAUUUUUUAAGAAUGGAGUAAAUCAAGGUGUGGCCUAUGAGGAUCUGUUCGAGGGCAUGUAUUUCCCCGCCAUAUCCCUCUACAAGAGCUGCACGGUGUCUGUUAAUUUUGGACCUCACUUCAGAUACCCACCAAAAGACAUCAAGUUUCAGCCAGUGAGUGUCAAAUCCAAAGUUUUUUUUAAACUUGAAUACUUUUCCUGUUACCAUAGUACUUGAUAUAUUCCUAUUGGUAUUUGCCCAAAUAAAGGCAUAUUUCUUCUAGGGCUCUGAGAUAUUUGUUAUAGCUGAUGUUUUGUGCCCAUUAAAUUAUACAGAGACUAAAAUUAUCUGUACUCCACCUUAUUAUUAACGGCUUUGGCUCAGCCCUUAAUUCCAGAGAGGACAUGAAUGCUGUGUGUGACGUAGUGUUAAUGCAUACAGUGAGAUUUUAGGGAAGCGUUUGCUUCAGUCUUCAUGGGAACUGUCUGGGAAGGGCCUCGUUUUUGUUCUGCUUAAAUCUUUUCUUAAAAGAAUAAAUUGCUGUGCAUUA